AUGAGAUAAUGAUACAACGCACAUUCGGCGAAUGGGAGUGAUGAAAUGCGUUAGAUGAAUCCCAAUUAGAGAAAAAAAAAAAACAACAACCGAAGAGAGUGCGUGCUUCAAAAGGAAAAAGACCAACAACUUCACAUGUGUUGAUAAGGGCGCGCGAUAAGUGAAUUAGCGAGUGGAUAAGGCGAUCGUUCGAAGAAAGAGAAAGAGAGCAAAGUGAUAAUUUAUGGACUGUUUUGCAUGAAGUGGCAAUAGAGAAAAAAAACGGGUCCAAUUAUAAAAGGCUGUGUGUAGUGAACAAUAAUUAAAGCACUCGAGCGAUGCUGAAGGUGUCAACCGAGAUUUGAGACAUCGACGAAGGAUCUUUGAAGCAAUCAAUCGAAGAUUUCUAAUCCCAUAUAAGAUUCACACAUUCCUGUUUCGGAACUGAAGUGCGCUUACUCUCUUUCAAGACCAGUAGCCUGAGCAGCGUGGUCUUCGAAUAAUUAAGGUGAAGUGACGGUUGGCAAAAAAAAUAGGAGUUAUAAAAACGUCCAAGCUCUGUGACGGAACCCGAACGCGCGCCAAUAUUUUUUCUCCUGAUUUGUUUGUUUGUUCAAUCUUGAAAAGUGAAGAACCAAGAACACAGAUAAAAGCCAGCAGUGUCGCGUGAGCGGUGAAGAUUAUUGGCAGUGCUGCUUCUGGAAUUCGAACAACAGUAACGAGAUAAGACGAUGGCUUCGCAGGUAGCAUCGUCGUACGUCGACGUCACCACGAUCAAAGAUGAGGAUUUGCUGCGGAAAAUGUGGCACGACGCGCAGGACUUUGGCCGCAAACGGGAGAUCCGUGCGCAUAUGUACAAACUGCGCGAGGAGCGCCUGAAAGCCCUGUACGCCCCUAGUGACGCCCCGAUAACGCCGUCCUCGCCUUACAUCAUGGAACAGCACAACACCAGCAGUGCCAAGUUCGGACUGUCCAAGACGUCCGUCACCGGUAGCCAUGGCGAUUCACUCGCCGAUCAGAGCUUCGAAAGUUUCAAAACCAAGGAAAUCAGAGAUUCGGAAAGUCCCACCAGAUUCGGAACCGUCAUCCCCUCAGACAACAGCGGUUGGCACGUUACCACUGCUGAAGAGCGGAGCGCCGACGGUAAGACCCACACCAUCCGAAGUUCUGCUGCAACUGAAGGGACCAAGGACAUCCAAGGCGGACGCACCGCGUUCACCGGCAAGAACGAGGAAGUCAGCAGCAACCGCUUCGAAGGUGAUGAUAAGAACUUUGUUCACAGUACCGGCGAUCAGUCGUCAACCUUCCUGGCCGAGAAUUCCGUUGUCGAAGGCCAGGAUGGCAGUACAAUCUCCAAGAAGUCCACGUCGGUGUCAUCCUCCUCGUCGAAGGUGAUUCGUUCCCAGCAGACAUACGGCGAUUCUACCGAAUCAGACAAGAUUGAGCUACCACCUGCCAAUACGAACGUUCCGGAGUUCAUGUGCGGCCUUACAACCAAUACUCGGCAACAAACCACGAAAUCUACGAUUCAAACGCAGGAAACCGACGGUAACAUGACCAGCAAGCCCCUUUCGAGUGAUCCGGAUCGUGUAAGCGAAGCUUUCCGCUUGGCUGAGCUGCCAGGCAAGGUGAUCGAGCAAGACAUCCGGAUGAUCAACCCUUCCACGAGGAUGAUAACCAUAACCAAGAAAUUGGAGGACGGCACUACUGUGACUACUCGGAAUUACGAAAAAAUCGGCGUAGAACCGGAGAAACCGUUCGACCAGGAAGCACACGCCGCCACUCAAAAGCGUCUGAACGCAGCCGUGGAGGCACUCAGCAAGGGUCGUGACGAAACUGAGCAUCGAUCUACCAAGAAAGACAUCACCGAAAAGGUAACAAACCUGCAGUUCAUCGCCGAAGAGCGUAUGGAAACCGAACGAAUCGAACAGAUCAAGAAGCAGCAGUAUCUGCAACAGCAGCAGCAGCAGCAGCAGCAGCAGGAGACCCUUACCCAACAGAAGGUGUCCGUAGACGUGAACGCAGCGCACGAUUCGUUCGCCCGUUCCCUCCGUUGUGCUUCGCCAACUGAAAGUGUUCGCUCGGUUCGCUCGAACUCCGCCACCGGAAGAUCCAGCGUCAGUCCGGAUAAAUCCGUUCGCGGAAGACGAUCGCCCUCACGGGAAUCCGAUACUAGUCGCCUCAGCACCCACACUACUACCCGUUCCAGCCGUACGGAUGUCUCGUCCAAGGACUAUAUGAAACCAACCAUCACUUCAGAGCGGAAGCAGUCAACGUUCAAGGAUACAGUCAUCCAGGAGUCAUCAACCGUAGAAGAUGCUUACGAUACAGUCGACAAAACCAAGCUCAAGGACCGCUCAACUAGUCCGAAGAAGGUUCCACAAAACUCACCGGACAUGACUCCACGUGGUCCAUCUCCCGAUAAGCUCUCCAGACAUGUCGCUCCGAAGGAUUCGACGCCGUUCUGUUUGGUGGAUACCCCUCGCGGAAUAUCUCCUACCAAACGAGAUUCGUCUCCGGCGAAGAUGACCUCGGCAAAGUUAGUUCGCGAGAACUCUUCGGAAACGUUCAACGUGGACACCACUAUCACCGUAUCUACCAAGGAGAAGAAACAGCAGCAGAUGCGGGAAGAUGUUGAAGUGUUCGACACUGCGAAGUUGGUUACCGAGAACGAUGAUAUCACGAUCAACGUCAAGCUGGAAAACGUUACCGACGACAUCGAGGUGACGACUACGGUCGAAGAGGUCGACUUGAACGAUAAAAAACCUGAAACAGAAGACCAGGACGCCCCCAAAUCGGAGAAAACUCCAAAGAAGAAACCACCGCUGCUGCGUAGCGAAACCUUUGAAGAGCGUUGCCGUAAGAUCUUGGGAAUGCCCGGAAAAGUAGACAGUGUGGAGGAAACUACCGAGACGAACACAUCCAGCGUAUUUAGUACCUACGACAAUACGGUGACUCGUAGCUCGGAGAUCCGCGAAAAGCGCAAGAAAAUGGAACAGGAAAUCAAAUCGAUCGAAACCGAAACGAUGCGAGCAGCUCGCAAGACGAAUGAAUUCCUCACAGGUGAACGACGACCAUCGGCGCCGGCCACCUCGCCAGAUCGCAAGGGAUCUGCUGCUUCACCCACAAUGAAAGCGACGUCUCCGGUUCGCAAACAGUCUCAACCCUCACCGGAGCGUCGUCCUCAGCAGCAGCAGCAACAACCUUUGAAGGAUUCAUCCACGGCCAGGAAAUACUCCCAACCUUCCCCGGAACGACGUCCAAAGGACGAAACUCCCUCCAAGAAGCCAUCCGAACCUAAGCAAAGCACCCCCGUUCGUAAACAUUCCAAACCAUCUCCAGAUCGUCGCCCGAAGGACGAGCAGUCUCCACAGCGAAAACCAGUCGAACCUAAGGAAAGCUCUCCCAUUCGUAAACAUUCCCAACCAUCUCCAGAUCGUCGACCGAAGGACGAGCAGCUUCCGCAGCGAAAACCAGUCGAACCGAAGGAAGCAUCCCCCGAUAGGAAGCACUCACAACCUUCCCCAGUUCGCCAACCUUCUGAACUUGUGAAGGAACCUUCGCCACAUCGAUGCUCGCGAUCGCAUGAUCGCUCGCCAAGUCCGAAACCAUCUGUACCACAGGAAAAGUCUCCGGUUCGCAAGGCUUUAGCCACUUCACCAACACGUAAGGCAUCCCGUGAUAUAACUCAAACUGAUUCAACCGUGGUGACCAAGACCGUAACUUCCAAGGCCGAUAUCCUUGUCAAUCAGAAGCAAGAAGGCAAAAACAUUUCGGUUACCGAAAUCACCAUUCAACCAGCGAACGACACAAAGAAAUCUGACAAAGUCCUUACCAAACAGACAUCCGAUACUAAAUUCGAUCGCCGAUCGACCAGCAGCCGUGUGGUGACCAACAAGAGUUCGUCCGACUUUGACGUCAAACGUAAGGCCUACAUAGCCGACAAAACAGAGUCAGACAGAACGACUCGUACGGUGACAAAACCACGAACUCCUGCCACCAGCCCGGAGAAGCGACGUCCGCAGGACACUAGUCCGACAAAAUCAGACAGGACCAAACAUCACAUAACCAUCGCGAAGAUUAAAAUCGAGCCAGUUCGUAAACCUGUUCUGGCGAAAGUAGUCGUUGAGGACCGAUCCACCAGGUUGGGUAAAACCACGAGGACUACAAAGAAGGUUGUCGAUGAGUACACAGAACCGGAGUCGGACAAGGAUACCGGAAUUUCCGACAACGAAAUUGACGAUGAGCUGAUGACCACCGUAGAGACCACUACGACUACGGUGACCACCACCAAGAGAAGCGAUCGUAAGGAUUCCGCUCCGGUCAACCGAACUACCGGAAAGGUAGAGAAAUCCUACACUCGUUCGUCCAGCGAUAACGUACUGAAGUCAAAUAAUGCUAGUACGACAAAGAAGACCACCGCUAGCAAGACUACAGCGGCGACUUCCUCCACUACCACUUCAUCAUCGGCCAAGAAGAUCGAACGUCCGGUGAAAUGUGUAACCACAAAGACCAUCAACCUGUCAGCGAAGCCAACAAUCGAUUCGGACAUUCUGGACAACGUGGUGAUCGACAUCCAGCAUGCCAAGUCCUCGCGGGAACCUACCCCGAACAAGCUGAUUCCGAUUCCGGUUUCACCGGAUGAGGAUACCGGUAAGCCACGCUACCCGGAUGCAGUUCAAGAGCCGGAUGACGAUCCCAAGCACGUUCCGAAGGUGAGCAAUGUGCCAAUUUUCGAGGAAGCUACCAACGAAUACAUCGGUUGUGAAAUCACGGAGGUUGAGGAUCAUGAAGUCCGAGCAGCUCGCGCUUGCAGAAUCACCAACCUGGAUCGCGUGACCGAAGAUGAUGAAUCUCUGAUGAGCGUUACACAGAAGGUGUCGAAAUUUGUUGAAGAAGCGAAUAAGUUGAAGGACGCACAGAGCAAAGCACCGAAUCGAUUUGUUCGAUGCGAGUACGACGAAAUGAACGAACACCUCAAGUCGGAUGAAUGUCUGCUGAGCGUAUCGGAUAAGGUUACGAAGUUCAUCUCCACGGCCGAGGAAGUCAAGAAGAUCAAGACCUCGGGGUUGUUCGUACCGGAAUGCAAGGUAACUGUGGACGUUACCGAAUCCGAUGAACAUUUGCAGAGUGUCAACGAGAAGGCGUCCAAGUAUGCGCACGUGGAUAAUCAGAAGACUUCGGAGACGAAGACUUCGACGGUAAAGACAACUUUGGAUGAAAUGGAUCGCAGUUUUGUGGAUCGAGAUGAUGAAUCGCUGCAGAGCGUUUCGGAGAAGAAAAAGAAGUUCAUUUCAGGAACGAGUGCUCCGCAGAAAUCACCGGAAUUGGUGAAGAACAUUAUGAAGCAAACUACUCGACAGGAGAGAAAUUUGGAUGAAGAAGAGGGCAAUUUGGACUCGGAACAUAAAACGACCAUUACGGAACGCUACACAACGGCCACGUUGACCAAGCCGAAGGACAAGGUUCCACAGAGUGUCGGUCUUCGAAGUACGGAAGCUGUCAAGAAGGCAAAGCAGAUAUUUGAAAAUGGAAACAAGCCGGCAGCUUCUGAACUGGCAAGGCAGAAGGACAUUUUGAGCCGUCCGUCAAUUUGGGAGGAUCGCCGAAAGAAAGAGCAAACCGCUACGGAAAACAGCCAGACGGAUGUGAAGCUGACCGAUAUCGGAGUCUAUAAAAAGACUCAACCGAAGGUUGAACCGGAACCUAAGAAAGAGGAACCGAUUGAACCGAAGCAGGAGGCACCAAAGUCCCGUCGAGACAGUGUUCCAAAGACGCCAGCCUACAUUAAGGACACUGUUUCCACCAAGAAGGAUUUGUUUGAGAAGAGAAUUUCUUCGUCAAAACUGGAAACGAGUGAGCUUAUUAAAUCGACAACUUCUCAGGAGGAUCGGACAGAGUAUACGUCAACUAUUAAGCGACCUUCCAUCACUGAGAAAUACGAACGCUCCAUUUCGCGGGAAACCCCAACUCCCGGAAACAAACCUUCGUACAUGAGCCACACGGUAUGCUCCUUGGAGCAUGUAAACGCGGGACGUCGUGAGUCGGUUGAUAUGACUCAACGAUCGGUUAAGGUCGAAGAUCACGAUUAUCAGCAGGACAUUACUAGUUCCACCAAGUCAACUGGCAAAUUUGGAGUAGAACUGAAGCGUGGCGAUUCCGCUAAGAAUGUAAUUCCCGCUUCGAUAAAGCGUAAGCCCUCGAUCGAUUCUUCAGGCAUAGAAGAUAUCUUUGAGCUGGAAGUUUUGGAGAAGAUGCUGGAAGUGGUGACGGGAUACGAGCAGCGUAGGCGUAUACGGGCACAGAUUCGACUGGUGAAGAAGUCGGGAGAGAAGUCGAUCUCAGGGGUCACGACGACAACUACGACGACUACGUCUACUAUGAGGACUAACAGCCGUGUACGGGAUCCAAGUCCAAAGCGUAAGGACUCCAGCCCCACCAGGUCGAUGACGACUCGGAAGAGUUUGCAGGAUACGGCAGAGGCUAAGGUAAUCAAAACGGUGGAGGUAGAAAAGAAGUCCGAACAGGUGCAGCGUAGUGCGAGUCCCACCAAAACCAAGCCAUUGACUAACGGAAAAGCUACGGCCACUACCACUGUUACAACUACGAUGAAAACAUCCAAGUUUGGCGAACGGGUUGCCCCGACAAAAGGUGAUGCUAAGGAGGAUAAACCAAUCUGGGCAACCAGUAACAUCCUGAAAAAAGCAUCGGAUGGUACGCGCAGCUUCAAAACGACUUCAUCGACCACUUCUUCGACGGCGAAGAAGGCUACGACCAUAAUGCGUGAUGUGCCGAAAGAAACCAAACCGACGGAUUGUAUCACCUCCAGCUACGGAGUUGGUCCGACGGACGAAAACGGACUGCCACUGUUCGGGAUCCGGGCGCUGAAGAAGAAAUCUGCUCCUGUUCCUGCAGAAGCUGAAACCACGACAAGCAAGGUCAGCGGUUCGAUCUUUACGGAAACUUUCUAUUCGGAAAAUGGAUCCGCCCCGGUUGGUGAACGCAAGACUACGGUCUAUUCGUCGGAUGCAAAGGAUUUGGAGAACCUUAACCUGUCCAGCAGUAAACGCAGCUUGGCUGAGGUUCGAGAGAAGCUGCUUGAGCGUGAAAAUUCCCGCAAAGGGUUGAUCUCGGUUACGAAAACGGAGAAGAUCGGCAAUGGAUCUAGCCAUGUGACUACGGAGAUCGGUGCCUUAGAUGACUUGCCCCAACGAGGUGCCAAGAUCGUUCGGAAAGGAUCCGUGAAGGAACUUACCGAACGUUUCGUCCAUAAGGAAUCCUCAUCGUCGCUGAUGUCGGAGAAGACCUACCCGAAGGCGGGUUUGAUCCUCCGAUCCACCCAGAGUCACUCUAGCCGAUCGUCAACGCCGUGCGAAAACAUCUCCGUCCGGUCCGGAUCGGUUGACUUCGACGAAAAUGACAUCGAACUGCGAUCGGGUGCAGCCAAGUCGGUUGUACGCGAAAGUGCUUUGUCCUUCCAGCAGGAGGAAUCCGGUGAUGACGGUGGAGUCGUGUUCCGCAAGAGCCAUAGCAGCAGCAGCAGUAGUCGGCAGCAGGCGCGAUCGUUCCUGAACGACGGCAGUCGGGUGUCUGGGGUGCAGGACGUGCUGGAACGGAUGCGAAAUGCCGAUAAUGUGGAAGAAUCCGGAGACAGUGCGGAGGAUCGCGAAGCACGCGCUUUGUUGAACAAGUUCCUCGGUGCGUCGGUGCUGAUGAGUGGCAUGGAGUCGAUGAUGGCCAGUAGUGCGAAGGAGGAAAUGUCGACAGCCGAAGGUAGCGCUGCGCCCGGUACAAAAAAGGUCUCCAAAGUAACCACAACCCGCACCGUUAAAUCGACAGCCUCCUCUUCGUCGAACAACGCCCCGAAGCCAAGCAUCGAGAACCUAGAACAGAUCUGGGACGAAGCCGUACUAAAGCAAUUGUUGGAUUCAACCACUAACUACGAGGAGCGUCGCAAGAUCCGUGCCCGUCUACGACAGAUCAUGGCCGAAAAAGAAGCCUGUGCCGACAUCGUGGCCAGCGUAACGGCCGACCUGCAACGCGAAAGGCAACUCCAGCAACAACAGAGCACCGACUCCAGCGCCAGCGGCAUCCACGGUGAGUCGCUCUUGUUGCCCCUACUGCAGGGCAUACUGUUGCACAAUAAGAGCGGUGCUGGGGGCCAGGUCGGAACUGCUAGCGCCGGCGGCGGCGGUGGCGGUAGAACCUCCGCGGCCGUCUCGCUUCCGAUCCCACCGGUCGAAGAUUCCGGCACCGAGUCCGGCGAAGACCUCCGGCUCCUAGCGGCCGGUUUGCAUGACAACAUCGAAAUGUACCGCGGUAUUGGUGUCGGAAACGUUGCCCUCAACGGCGGCGUCAUUGGUGAUGGUAGUAGUGUUAGUAAUGUUAGAUUGCCGGUAGACUCCGGCGAUAGUAUCUUGCAUGAGGUGACGGCUGCCCUUCAACGGUUACAACUUUCACUUAGGGAUGGGAAAGACAUCAACCUGGCUACGAACAAACGUAACGCUCUGCUCACUCUUGUCUGUCGGCUGCAGACGGGUCUAAUGCAACCCGAUGAACUCCCGGAACAGGUAUCUCCCGUCAACGAGCUCACCAACGACAACAUCGAGGACGACAAGGUGGACUAUAACCAAGCCCGACGAGGCAGCGCACGGUUCGCCAAACGACGAAACCGCAACAACCGCCAUACGGUUGGAGUCAGCCGUGAAGAACUGGCCGAUGCCCGGCGUUUCAUCGAGGAAAUAGGCCGCAUGUCUUCACACUCGCACUCCGCCACUCCGGAAAAACCCCAACUCCCCUAUUCUCUUCAGAAACAGCAAUCUCUAGGCACGGUUCUUCCUUCUGAGGUUCCCGUACCUUCGGUGUCCACCUUCGCCAUGAAACGCCCGAGUCAAUUUAUGCCCAAAGAACUCAACCACAAACCCGAGCUCAUUGUCAACGGACGCGAUCGCAAGGUUAAACAAAAGCUCUUCCGACAAUCGCAGAGUUUCGAUCAAUCCUCGAUCAACGGCUACGAACCUUCCGCCACGCAGCUCAAACCCAUCGACGUCAAAUCCUUACCCGUUGACAAAAAUGAAGCCUUCAAAAAACCCGUCCAGACCGCUGCCCAGCGAGCAUUGGUAAAGAAAUACUCCUUCAACGAUGGCUCCACUUCGGAAGAUGACGAACCUCGCAAAACCGCCGAGCAAGUCGUUCUACAGAAGAACACAGCAAAAGGUUCGGCCGUUAUCAAUACCGUUCAUAAGAUUGUCAACCGCGAAGUGAAACAAGAUCCACCAGCAAAAUCCGUUCAUCCAAGCGUCGCUCGCAAAGCCGCCAUCAACCGAAGCCGCACCCCGGAAUCUCACGAUGCUCCCGUCUCCGGUGGAGAAGGCAACAACAAACCCAUCAACAAAUACACUAGCAAAAAGCUGCGCAUGAAGCGGGCCAAUACGAUUGAUAUCCCUAAGAAGUUGCUGAGCAACGCCGCGGAUAGCGACGAUGAUUCAGAGGACGAUCAGCAACCGAAACCAAGGGAACGGUCACGUGAAGUAAAAGCCAAGACUUCGGUGGCCAGUGUCGGAAAACCAGUGGCGGCCGAUGUGCCAGACUUUAAACCGAAAACCGAAAACGACAUCAAGUUUAUGGCCUUCCUGCAGAAGCAGAACCAAACCCCGAAGCAGAUGUGGACCAAUCCGGUCAAGGAGCACGUUGGAUCCAACAAUUGGACCAGCAAGUUCGAUCAUCUGAAGAACAAUUUCGAAUCUGCCGGUCGGCAGGGCAAUCAACCACCUCCGAUGCGUAGCGCUCCCAAGAGUUCAGCGAUGAAUUUCUGGAAGAAAGCCGAGAGCACUUCCUUUGACGAGUCGCACCUGCGGCAUCCAAAGCCUCCAAAGCCUGUCCAAAACCACCAUGCAGCUCCCAAACCCCCUACCCAACCCAAACUUCCACCUCGAUCGAUGCAACAACAACAACAACCCCCAGCUCUUCCAGCUAAACCAAAAAUGACUCCGCAACCACUUCCUAAACCAGUUGUUGUGAGCAAACCAGAACCCAAGCACCCUCCUACCACCUCCAAUCAGUUCACCCACGCUGCAAGCUCUGCAUUUAAACCCAUCCCGAAAAAGCUCCCAGCGGCCAAUCUUGGCUUCAAAUCAAUGCAAGCCCAAGAACCCGAAAUCAUCAAACCCAUCCCAGCUCACAUAUCAUGUGGUAUCGUGAAGCAAAUUGUAGCAUCCGGAUUCAAGGAAACCCCUGAGGAAAAACCCGAACCCAAGCAGGUCCAGCUCGGACUUGUCAAGUCCCUUGCAGCCGCUGGCUACCACGAGACUCCCUAUGUCCCACUUCCCAAGCUCGAGCGAACCCCAACGCAUCACGUCCUCAACUACCAAGCGCACAAACCGGAGCGAGCCGAAUCUCCGACGACUCCCCCCGCUCCGUGGGUUGGCAAAAAUACUACGGAAGGCAACAACCGUGUAGCAAGUAUCGCUUCGACCAAGUUCACAGCAAACCAGUUCGGGAUGAACAAGGGAAAUCUUCCGGCACAGACUCCUCUGACCUAUCAGGGCUCUCUCAAGUACAACGAAAAACCGCUGAGCCUGCAAAUGCCCGAACGCCUACUGGAGAAGCGUCCUUCGCUACCGGAUGUGAAUAAAGCACUCCCAAAACCGGCGGACAACUUCCUGUACACCUUUACGGAUUACACUCAACCAGAGUCGGUUUCUACGUUUACGUUAAACCGUAGCGAUUCGUUGACCAAUCCGGAGAAUGAACCACUAGUGUUGACCAGCACGAAUUCGAUCUACAGUCCGGCGGGACAGCAAAUGAACUAUCUCGGUACAGGAGAUCGGCGGAACUCCUCUUCUCUGUCACCGAACAUCGUCGACGACGAAGCGGAUGAUCUGGAUUCACUGGACUCGCAGGAGAUGCGGGCUGUGUCGAAGGUUAUGAGAGCACCGGUCAGCCAACAAGCCAGCUUUUCGAGCAACAAACCAUCGCAUCUGAACAGUGGAAGUGGUGAUGAUCGCAGUUCGAUGAUCGCUCAGAGUCUUCAAAGCUCGUUGAAGAAGAUUCAGCACAAGAGUCCAACACCACCGAACAAGCUAGCAAUAGCAGCUGCGGCUGCAGCGCAAAAGCGUUUCUCGCAUGAUUUCAGCGGUUCGUUAGAUAGAUUGUCGAGCUAUGCGCAACGAUCUGCACCGCAAUUUUCCGUGCCGAAGGUGGAAGUUACUCCGCAAACUCCUGCUGCAGCUCCACAGCAGCAAGCUUCUCCGUACGGUUUACCAUCGCAUGUCAUCUAUAACAAUGUUCAAGGUUUUGCACAGAGUCGCCCGGCAUACCAGGCGGCUCCACUCUCCCGGACAGAUUCCUGGGUGCGGUUGAAUCAGCAACCGGCUCCAAGUGCGCUGUCACGGACCAAGUCUAGUCAUACCCUAGCCGUUCCGCAGAGCUUCGACGGGGGUCACGGUCAACCAAAUCGCACAGUCACCGAUAAGCAGCGCACCAUGGAAGCGUACUUCGCCGGUCAGAAACCUACGCUGAAUGCCUUGUCGAAGACUUCUUCGACGCACAAUAUCCUGCGGGACAAAUCUGGUAUGACGCAGAAUAGCGUACGACCCGUAUCGUAUGCUCUGGGGCACAGCUACAAUCCGGCGCAGUAUAACAUUAUGACACCUCAGCAAUACGGUAGCAGCUAUCAGCCGCAAUCCUCGAUGUAUGCGCAACGAACGCAGCCAAUGAUGACGCAGCAACCACAAACACAGUACUAUCAACCUCCGCUAGGUGGUGGGCUGUCGCGCAGUCGAACGAUGCCACACAUACCGAUGAACAACGUGAGUCUUCUGGACGAAGAGAACGUAGAGGAUGCAUUUGAGGAGCUCAUGAGCCAAUCGUUCGCCGUGUAGGGUGCGGAGACUAUUGUAGGCUACGCUCACAGUGGAGCAGAGUUCAACCCUGAGUAGACUUCCGACCGAGUGAGUCGGUCGAUGGAAGUUGAAACCGUCAUUCCAGAUUGUGUUUUGUGGAUUUCUGUAUUUGUAUACCGUAUUUUGACAUCGGAAGCAGACUGUGUGCGAACUGCGCGCAAAGCACCUAUUCUAGUCCAGAAUAAUCCCUAGGAAAUAACCGUAGGCUGUGUAUCGAUGUAGUUGUAUUUAGUGAAAAAGAGUCUCGAGCGUGCGCGCGCGUGUGUUUGUGCGACGAAA